AGCAGAGACAGGAUGAGGCUGAGAAGACGACCACCGCUCACAUGAUGAAGAUGGAAAUGUGGCUGAAGCGAGCGAGUCUGGUGUUACUCACAGUGGCAGCAGCAGCCAUGGUGAUACUACCGGAAACUUCUGUAUUUCUGAACGACACAGAGGAAAAAGUUGAAGUUCCCAAUGGUUCCACUCUGACUUUGUACUGCUGUCUGGAGACAUACCACAGAUCUUGGAUAUCCUGGAAUUUCAUCUCCUCCAGAAACAUCAGCAACUCUGGCGAACUCUCAAAGAAGAUGAUUAACAGAUCUGCGAGCACCUCAGUGACUGAGUGUAAAGACAGGGACAAGGCGCACAGUUUAUUAGGGGUUAAUGAAACGCACAGCGGAUGGUACUUUUGCGAAGUCAGUGUAGACAUUCCUCAACAAAUGACAUUUUUCAGCAAAAGAACAGAAGUAGUUAUUACUUCCUCCAUGACAGCGAAGAGCAUAGUGGAAAGUACAACGUCAUAUGUGACGAGUAAACAAGUUACUGCCACCAGCUACACGCUGCAGGUCGAAUGGUGGAUUUGGGUCCUGGUGGGAGUUUCUGUCUUCGUCCUGGUCAUCCUGACAGUCGUAUGCAUCCUGCUGAGAAGAUGUUGCAGCAGAGACAGAGCAGAAGAUCCCAUCUAUGCAAACACCCACAGCAAACAGCCUUCUCCUGGGCAGCCCAUGAACCACCUGAAGACGGUCUCCUCCUCCCAGAACCUGCGGGUGCCGAGUCCCGGCCAGAGAUAUGAUGAAGGCAAACGGAGACACAGACACUGAAAAGCCUCGCAAACCAGAACAUCAACUCCUCCUAUUCAUCUGUAAUCAAAAGCUGACGUAGUAUUUACCACAAGAACUGUGUUGUUGUUGUUGUUUUCAUCAUUCAUCUGUUUUACAUUCAGUUCUCAGGAAUCAUCUGUCCAUUUGUGUUUUUUGUUUUACUUUUCAGGUUUUUCCAGUAGAACAGCUGUUAUGUUGUGAGCCACUAGAUGGCAGGUGGUGGGUGCUGUGAAUCCAAAGUGGUUCUUUCUUUGUGUUUGUUUUCCCUUUUUUUCUCUGUCUUUUUGGAAUUUUAACACCUGAUAAUGUUUGAAUAUGUUGCCAGUAGCAUUUGCAUGUAAAUAAACAAGAAAAAGCUUCAAAUGUAUAUUCUUUAUAAUGCAAGAACUGACAUAUCUAGAUUUUUAUCAAGUGAUUACUUAUUGUUAAAGUUCAUAUUAAAUCUUAAGAUAGUGAAAA